UGGUCUUCUGCAACCCUUUUUGAACCGGGCUUCCGAUCCGCUUCCGGGCACCGCGGGGCCCCAUGGGCGGUGGCAGUUCCACCGGCGCCUCCUACGCCACCGCGGCGCCCGCGCCCGCGGAAGCCGCGCCGCUGCCCAACGCUUCGUCCUCGGCGUCCUCGGGGUCGGUGCUGGGCAAGGGCGCUGAAAGGAGGGUGGAGGCCGUUGCUUCUACCAGAGCCACUAGCUCCGCCAGUGGCGCAGCUGAAAGUCACUCAUGGCAUGGCACGCAGGAUGGCCGGAUCCGAGAGAAGCUGAUGCAGGCCAUCCGCUUUCGGAAGAAGUACCUCCACCAGGCGGCCGUGGUGCCGCCGGUGGACCCUGCAGCUGACACGACACGCGCGACGCUGGCCGCGGGGAAGGUCAUGGUCAUGGUCGAUGGCGUGGCCGAAAUCCCAGGUGUGGAGGGGGCAGCAACAAGCAGCUGCUGCGAUCGAUUUGCAUGUGAGAGGUUCUGGAGUUUCAUCAUUUCCAAGAUGUCUUCCCAAGAUCAGCUGGGAAAUAGACUUAGACAUGCUGUUUGGGUUCCAAAACUGGAACCGGUCAGGUACGGAAGUGCGGUACCAAGCAAGCACACUCCGUAAAUAGGACACUGGCCUUCUGAAUCAAUCGCUGGAGGAUCUUUGCUCCACUCUCCGCCCAAAAACCACG